AGAUUUAUCAUUUACGCCUUGUUAUCAACUGAAAAACAUGUCUGUGAAAAUGUUGAAGUUUUGCUUAGCAAUUACUGCAACACUUUUGAUUAAUGUUAGCGAAACUUCCGUGGUAGAAAACCAACUGCCUGAUCAGUUCAACAACAAUAAUUUGUUGCCAGAAACUCUAACGGAUAUUUUAAUAAAGAAGAAUUUGGUGGAAGCUACAGUAAAACCCGAAAAUAUUGCAGUGGCUACCAAGAAUGUUCUUACAGCAUUUGAAGGAAUAUUUACAGAACUGAUAAUUCCCGUUCUUAAUUUCAUUGAAGGCGUCUGGAUCGCAAACCUUGUGUCUCUUUUUGCUACCCUCAAUGGCACAACCUACCUAUGGGCGUAUCCAAAUAUUUAUUUUCCAAUUCUAGCAAUCUAUGUGGUUUUAUUAAUUAUUAGCGGCGUUUUGUACUUAAUUUCCAAUGCAUUUUCAGACGAUCCGGACAGUUUUGGGGAAAUUUUGAGUACCUUCUGGAACAAUUAUAUUCUUGCGUUUGUAUGGUCGUUUUAUCCAUUUUAGUGAAAGAUGAAUAGAAAUGUGUAGUUUGAAAAUUCUUAAAUAAAUAGACUUACAUACAUUUUAUAUGGUGAAGGUCGUGACUUAAUUUGCCAGCAAAAACUUUAUCUUUUUGGCAUGUUUGCUGUUACAACUUGAUAAAUAUUAGCUUGUAAUGUGUGCUAGGAUGAAUAGUUCUUCGAAAUGUUUAUAAUAAUUUGCAAUUUAAGGCCAAAGACAGUAUCUGCCAUUGUCUGUUAAAUAAUAAGAUAAAUUAUUUUUGCAGAAUAUUUGCAUUUCCAGUUUCAACGCGAAAGUCUACGUGCCUGUGAAUUCUACUCUAAAAUGUCUAAGCAAAUAAUUUUGGUGUUUUCGGCAGUUAUUGCAACAGUCUUAAUUAACAGCUGCGAAUCAUCCGUAGCUGAAAUUACAGUGGAAGAAGCUUUGCCAAGGGAGCAACCCUUGUUGAAGGUACAAUCAUCCACAGUUGAAGAUUUUCUUUGGAAAGCUGUUGAAAAAGUUAAAGAGAAGUCUUCCGCUUCGGGAGCUUUACCUGAAGCUAAGGCUCUAGGAGAAAUUCAACGCAAUCUGCUCGAUAUAGUAUCUGAUAUAGGAGACUCGGCCAGUGAUAUAAUUUCUUCAGUACUUGGCUCUAGUGUGGGACUGUUAUUCUCGGGAGUUCAAAGCUUAAUAUCGACCAUAGUUAUAGCUAUCAUUGCUGUUCCAUCACUUUUUAUUGCAUUAUUGCUGAUAAGUGUCUUUUUGGAUGACUAAAUAUUUUAACCACAUUAUUAAUAAUUAUUUACUGACGUAUUCUUAGAAAUUAUUUCACUCAACUAUUCAAGUAAUAAAUAAUCCAUGUAUUUUUUUAUAAUAAAUUAAGUUUUAAAUGUUUAUUCUGUGCAGUAGAAUUAAAUUAAAAAUAAAAGUAUUUUAAAUUGCAAUAAA